AUGCAUAACUCAGCAAGACUUACCGGCAUGUCUUCUCCAUCAGUACAAUCUAUAGCACCCGCCAAUCUUGGUACUAGAAAAUACUGCUUAUCAACAGUGGUUCAAAUGUCAAAGAAAUUUCUUGGAGGAAUUUGUCUUUAUAUCUGGAAGCUGCUGACUGUUCCUCUUUGCAAAGCUGGAGUGAGUUUAUUAUCCACAAUUUCUACACGUAAAUCAAUCCGAAGUACGCUAGUUGACAUAUUUCUGCAAUUGAACCACAUCAUCUCUCGUUACCAUAGAGUCGCCGACGCUCAAGCUGCUCUUGACGCGCUCAAAGCACAAUUAGCUGCUCAACACGUCGGCUUGAACAGAAAUGGGGAAUUAAAUUUUCGCACGGAUCUAUAA